AUGUUAACAACGUUUGCAGAGGUGACGCAAAGCCAGCACUUAUGCCUCGGUGCGCCUUCGCCAAAGGGAAGCGGGCAGGGUGUGACCCCUCGCGUCUCACUCGUUAGUCAUGCAGGAGACGUGCGCCGCAAAAGCGCUUCACCUCGCGGCAGCCUAGCCCUGGAGCGAGCCGACUGUGUCCUAAGAGUGCCGUCGACGACGCCGCGCGGGUCAGUCUCGAGCACAGGAACGAGUGGAAGCAGCAGCAGUUCUCGGCUGGCGCGACUGCUAACUCAGGGUCGAAGCUCUGCCGGCGGAACGGCACCACACGUCCAUGCGGCCGCCGACUUCGCCCGACGCCUCAGCUGGGAGAGGCGCGACACAUCACAGCUACCGCGAUCGGCCAGCAUCGACUCAGUGGUGGAGGCCGCAGGGGGAGGUCGGCGUUCGGAGCCCAGCGUGUUCGCCCUGCAGCUGCCCCGCCCGGAGCGAGCCUUCUCCCUCGUCUCGCCCGCCGUCGGCCGUCGCGCGAAGGCGCACCGAUCUCAGGCAGGUUAG